AUGGCCAGUGCUCACACCGUUCGGCGCUCUAGCCUCGCCGACUCGCUUUGCUCGAGUCAAAGACCCUUUACCCCCUACGAGCACGUAGUAGUGUCGCACUUCGCGAGCAGCUCAAAGAACGUUCACUUCCUCAAGCCCGACUACGCCGACAACACUAAAGUGAAUAUAGCAGGUAUUCUGCGAAAGCGGAAGAGAUAUUGCGAGUCCGCCGAGCUUACCAACGAGUGGCGAGACGUGAUCCAGGGCGGCGCAGAUCGAUCCAUGGCGAUGGAUUUUCUGUUCCACUUGUGUGAAUCCUACAAGAUCAAGUCGUGGGGGACAUCGUGGGAGUAUUUUCGCCAAUACAAGCAGCUGUACGCCAGCGUUACCGGCCAGUAUAUGGACAGGAACGAUAGCAAAGAAAUCCUCAAGUGGCAUGACGCGGUCCUCGUUCACCGCUUUGGCCUAGUAGCUCCGAACGGCGGCGGAAAGGACGUGGCCGAUUCCGGCGACUUGCUUGCCCUCCAGACCUUCAACAUCGCCUACGACACAGGCGUCUUCUCGGGAGAAAGGCAUCGCAUACAAUUAGCAGGGUGCUACCUCGGUCUCGCCUUCACGGGGGCGCGACCGGCAGAGUUUGUAGACGGGGGAGCGAAAGAGCGGCAAGGAUGGGUGCCUAGAGGAGCUGUUCCCGCGGAAACCGCGAGUAGCCCAUGA